CGACAGUGAAAAUGUGUUAUUAGUGGAGCACAGAAGCAGCUGCUCGGCUCUCUUCGCUGUAGCUUUCUCUCAACAAUGACUGGAGACAGACAGUCGGGGCUCUGCUCAAUAUGAUGGGAUGCAAGUCAGGACCCUUAGCCUGCCAGCAGCAGCAGGUGCAGUUGGAGAGCUCCACUGCUAACCUGGAAGGAGUAGCCCAGGCCAAGCCUGAGCCCCUGUCCACCUUGGAGAGGCUGGCCCUGGCCACAGGGGGCACCGAGAAAUCCUGGUACCGCUGCAUCUUCCCCUUUGGCAUCAUCUCGCUGGUCAUCGGGCUGUCCAGUGCGGCUGUCACCUUCUACUUCAACAGCCUGCCCAUGGCCAAGGCGGUCUCGGUGGUCCUCUUGGGGGUUGGCCUGAUGGUCAUGACCUUCACCUGCUGCAGGGUGCACAAGAGAAAGAAGAGGAAAAGGAAAGAAGGGGGUUCCUUCAGCUUGGAGCAGUGUGCUCUGUGAGGGGGAUCAGUGAGAGGGGUGUGAGCAAAGCUUCAGCCAUCAACUACCCACUACCAUCCACUGGGAGCCAUUUGGGGCUGGACUAGCUAUCUGCAGAAAUGGGGCAGCGCUGGAAGGGGCUUGGUAGUAAAACACAGACAGACUCAACUGUCCAUUAAAGAUUCAUUGAAAAAAUAAUUGAUAGAUAUGUGCAUGAAGUUUCUAAAAAGCACACGCAGCUCAGAGGAAGACGCAUAUAAAGUUCUCAAAUCAGAGCCAGCUCCUCGCCUGCUGAAGCCUUCCUGCUUCACGUUGGAUCUCUGAAUCUCUGACUCACCGCCUCAGCUGUAAAAACAAACAAGCAUCAGGAGAUUUAAUGAGGAGACAGGGACUGCGCUCCUCUGGAGGAUCGCUCAGCGUCAAGGCACUCACCGGAACAAAGCACCUUCUGGAAAGCAAUGGACUGUUAGAUCGUGACGUAAAAACAAGUCAUGUUUAUUUAUGUUGGAACUGAAUUUCUGAUGUACUCUCUGUAUAUUUGAAAUAAAAGCAGCUAAAACAACAACAGCAGGAGCCCAUCACAGGACCAUCUGCUAUUCCUUAUGCUGGCUGGUGUAUUGAGCAAGAUUGCUAACCUCCAAAACACUAGUGUACCAUGCUAGGCAGAUUUAAUGAACACAUACUCUUUCCUCCCCAUGACAGAUGGGAUCUGUGACGUCCUUUUAGAGCAGGGAGACUCUGGAUUUCUGUACAAGAAGUCUGGAAAUUCAGUUCUGCACUUUCUUGUCCACUUUUGUCUCUUGAAGUCAAUGCUGUUUCAGUUACCAGUGCACUGCUGCUAAAAUGCCAGGUGGCACACAGCAGGCAUGGGACUGAACCCUUUACAGUAAGAGUCAGAUAUUGAACCCCAGGGUCUCCAAAUGGACUUCAGAAGCCCGUCCUCUUUCACUAAGUGGACUGUGCCUGGUUGUGACCGCUGUGCCUUUUUGGUUCCCUGUUUUGUGCCCUGGAGGGUCAGUGGUUUUAUCCACUAUAUGUACUGGACAUUUGUUCCAUUUACCCAGAAAGUACCGAAAUGGAUCAACCCCCCACUCCAGCCCGCACUGCUUGACCUCGACUGAUCCACUUGAGCUGAAGCAAAGGGGAGGACCAGGGGGCUCGCAGAACACUGAAGCAGAAUGAAUGCAGACUGGGAGAAAGUUCUUUACAUUAUUUAUUUUUGCUUGUGGCACCGAGCGGAAAAGGAUUUGGAGAGAUUUUAACCUUGUAGUAAUCUAAUUCUGCACUGUGAUGGACGCAAAUCGACAGAACUGGUUUAUCACAGAGUCUGCACUACACUGCACAGGCUUGGGGGAAUGCAAGGUUUGGCUAGUUUUCUGACAGUAAUAAAUACAAUAGUGGACUUACUUAAAAUCGCUCACCCAUUUAUCGUACUUACUAUGUGCUCUUACUGGACUUUACUCGGAUAAGCAAUAAUUUUUUUUCUAUAAGUUGACUGCUCUCCCUUAAUCAAUGUAAUCAUCUACUGCAUUCUUUAUCUCGCUCUUUUUCAAAUUUGAUCUUAUUUGCCACUGAUUUUCUUGUACUCUAUAACUGCUCUUAUCUGUAAUGUGAUACUCUGUACUGUAAUAUUUUAAAAUGUGAUAUUUUGUAAGGUGGUAUUUUGUACUGUGAUAUUUUGUAACAACUUUUACAGUAAUGCCCAAUAAACACCUGGUUUAAAGGGUUAACAGGAAUUAACCCUUUAAACCAGGGUUAAUUCCUGUUAACCCGUUAACAACAAAAGUGCCAAUGUCUUUGGCUCACAACUUCAUCACAGCUGACUAUUGAAUCAUCACCCCUGGCUCUUACAAUGAGAUUUAAUAACAAGAUAAAAACACUGAGUGGUGAUGAUUGUAAAUUAGCCAGCCAGUCGCAAGCCACCUUAUAAAUAAAUUAGUCAUGCUUUUUUUUUGCUUCCCAGGGGUGCAUCUCCAGGAGAGCGGGGUUAACUGCUUUUUGUAUUCCCUCCUGGUCUAGUGUGGUCGGUGUCUCUCUUGGCAAAUGAAGUCUGCAUUCAUAAAAAACAAGCCCAGGCAUUCAUUGAGAAAAAAAAAAAUGUGUGCGUGCGCUGAAAGCAGAACACUGUACAGCUGGAGAGAUGGGAGGGAGGAGGAUUGAAGAAAAAACAAGACUUCAAAUGUAUGUGCAAUGUACACGUUUGCAUUUGUGUUUGCGUGUGUGUGUGUGUGUGUGUGUGUGUGUGUGUGUGUGUAUUUAUGUAUGCUGUAUUUAUGUAUGUUUAUAAACACAUUUAAAAUAUUAGCAUUAAAGUUGAUUAUUCAUAUG